AUGAGUAAAAAGCUCGUGUUCACUGGGGAAAAGAGCCGUCCAAAUCGUGUCUCGGCUCGAGCUGUCAGUGUUGAGCCGACGAAUCGUGAUUCGAUGACCUACACGAGAGCGAAUUUUAAUUCUUCCACUCUCACUCGCUCUUACAACAGUUCAUCCACUGGAAAUUCCAAUGUAAGCCCGUAUGCUGCAAAGAGUGAGCGAUAUUCAAGCAACGACUCUCUCUCCAACUAUCGACCCCCAGCACCCACAUAUCGAUCAACGGGAUUAAGCUCGGUUGGAAGAAGCUCGAGUCUCUCUGGAUCAAAUUUCUCAAUCAGUUCCCUCCGUGACCGUGCCAGUUCUCCGUCAAGAGACUACGAACGCUACAAGCCACCAGAUCGAUCGUAUCGAGACAAAGAAGGGACACCGACAAAGAGUACUUUGUCAUUACGUGAGCGAAAUUCCUCAACAAAAGCCCUGGACAAGUAUCGAAUUGAAAACCAUGUCUCAAGCCAUACGCCUUACAAAUCGAAGGAUAUGAAAAUCGAUGAUACUGAGCUGGAGAGCCGCUUCGAGCAACUUUACAAUAAAUACGUGCGAGAUUCGGAUACAAGUGAUAAUGAAUCCGUCAAAAGCUGUGAGUUUACAAUUUAUGAAGUUGACGAGACGGAUCCAUCCGACCGAGCCGGCUCAACCACUCCCACGCAAGAGUUCUUCAAUAAAGAACUAACUGAAAUGGGGACAAAGACUCGAAAGAUUUAUAUAAAAUCGAGAAAUAGUGAAUCGCCGAUAAAAGCCGUACAAGCAAGUCAAGCAAGUACGGAGGAGAAUGGAAAAAUCGGGAAAACGACGAUGAAAACGUUCAUCAAACGAUCGGAGUCACCGAAAUUCGAUGCUGGGAAAAUCGAUGGAAUUUGCAUAAAAGAAACUGGCUCAACGAAAUCAUCUGGGGAAAGCAAGGGAUUCUCGUUGAGAAAACGAAUUGGACGCACUUUGGAGAAUUUGAAAGAUUCGAUUUUGCAGAAGAAAAUCAGUGACACAAUGGAGAGCUCGAUUACGAUUUCUGAUGAAGAGGAUCAACCCAGCACUUCAGCCGACUACGUAAGCUGUAUAAAAGAUGUGAAUACUAUAGAUGAUGAAAACGAUGAUCUCUACACGGUGGCCACAAUCUCAAUGAACGGGAAACAGAAUACGCGUGGGGACUCGAUGUCCCCAGUGGAAUGGACAACAAUACAAACCCUUCUUCCUCAGAAAAAUGAGGAAGAAGAGGGAAAUCAACAACGGUGUCGAAUACUCAUUUGGCCUCAACCCGGCCACGAGAUGUGCCCACCAAUGGUCAUGGUGACACAGCCAUCUCAACCCAAUACUCCAAUUGGGAAAGUCGAGUUUUUCGCGGAAGAGUCGAGUGGAGAGAGCACGGAAGAGGUCGAGUCGUUCAGCGAUGAAUCCGAUGAUGUGUACGAGUCGGAUUUCGAGUACAGCGCCUCGGAAACAGUCUCCUUUGCUUUACCAAUUGCUAUUGUGACAAAUGGUCCAGCUGUUGUUAACGAUUUGUCAUUUUUGGAACAAAGUCAUGAUCUCCGUGGUCGAGUCGAAUCUUUCCUCGCUCAACCCCCACCACUUCCCGUUUUCACCUGCUCUGUUACAUAUGAUGGGCAAUUAUCUGGACAAGAGCCGGACGCUUGGGACAGCGCCGAUGAAGGCGAUGAAGAGGAAGAGAGAGGUCCGGAAACGUUAAUGUCAAGGCUGAAUGGUCCAGAGCGGCGCUCGAGCGAUGAGGAGAGUAAUUACCAUGGACAAACUGUGGGCGCCACAUUGACUCUUGUGCAGAAAGCGGCGCUGAAAGGAGAAGGAGAAGAGGACUCGGAUACUGCGGAAUACUAUGAAUCGGAUGAGUACUCGGAUGAGACGGAUUUCGAUGAAGACGAAGAGUUCACAACGGAUUCGUACGAUUCCCAAUCUGAUGAGGGGAGUUUCGAGAGUGAGAUCGAAAGCGCUUCGAUGUCUUUCGAAUCGGCGAGCGAGCAAAGUGACGAGCCGUCUCAAUUACAAACUGCUAUUGAAGAGCUUCCCAAAGUGUUUGACCUGGAGAAAAUGUUGGUGCAGUCGAUUGUGAAAGAGAUUGAUGAAGAGAUCGAAGAAGCAAUGCUUGAAGAUCUUCCUGAAGAAGAGAAUCCAAUAAAUCCAGAGAUUCGAGAAGUGAACGAAGAAAAGGGUGAAACAGAAGUGAACAUGGAGCCAACAUAUGUGAAACAAUCAGAAGAAAAAGUUAAGGAAGUGACAGCUUCUCGUUACUUUCCGGAAAAGCAGCCGGCCACUGAUUUCGCGAAAAAAGCCGUCAUUCAACCGCCAAAAUUGGAGAAAGCCCGGGUGGCAACGGUGGAAACGAAAAUGGCUGACUCACCAAAACCAAAGCUUCAGUCGACGAAAGUCGAACGGAAAGUGCAAGACGAGCUUCAAUUUGGAUCAACUCUCUCAAAAAUCAUGGCCGCCGGGAAAUUAUCGGAUGGACCAAAGGACAAAAGCUCGGUGCGAAAAUCGGCGCUGAACAUGACGGCUGAUGAGGCGAAAAGGAAAGAAUUGGAGAAUGAGGAAGCCGCAAAGAAAUCCGCUCGACGAUACAAUUUGGUCGGCUCGUUGGCGGAGAAAUUCAAGGAGGCCACAGAAAUGCCACAGGAGAAAAUAACAUAUCGACGCUCGAAAGCUCUGCAAAGCAAAGAGGAGGAACGACCAAGAAGAAAAUAUGCGCCAAUCAUCCAACCGGUUGUUGAUGAUAGCUUUGAUAAACAGAUGGAGGAACUGCGCGAGAAGAUGAAAGCCGGUACAACAGCUUUUCAGAAAGAGUUCACUGAUUUGAAAAAGGGAAUGCUGACGAAAGCUGAAGAGGCGAAAAUCAAAGGACAAGAGGAUAAUCAUAAGAAACUUCUCGAUCAAGCUGCCAAAGUGAUGGGAAAAGCCGACGAGGAAAAGCGGCGUCAAAAGGGGCUCCGCGAUGCUGAGAUUGAGAAAGAAUUGGCGAAAAAUGAGACGCGAAAAGUGAAAAAAGUGAAACAACAAAAAGAUGAUGCGGAGGAUGAGGAGCCAAAGAAGUCCGAGCCGCGACGAACCGUUCGACGGCUGAAACAAGACGAUGAAGCCACAACAGCUGACGGGUCGAAAGAGAGAAAGACAAGCACCGUCUCCCCAGCUGACAAAUUGGCCAAGCCGAGCCUUCCGAAGACGCAGAUUGUCGUAAACGACGACAAUUUGUCCAUUCUCGAGACUGCCCACGCUGUCGCUACAAAAAAGAGAUCCGCGCUGGACGCGUUGCGGAAUCGUCGCUCCUGUGGGCCGGACAUGUCCGUGGCUGCCCGCGGGCCGGCCGGAGACGGAGCCGCCGCGACCCGGAUUAGAAAUAUGGCGCUCGCCGUCGCUUCGAAUCCACCGUCAGCGAGGCCACGGGACGGGGAUUUAAAGACAACACCAAUUACCGUUUCCACUUCACAGGCAAAUAACGAGGAAUCCUCGAGAAAAGCGAGGAAAUAUGGGCAAAGGAGAAAGACCGAGGAGAUCAUUUUACCGCCAAAAGAACCCACAAAGCCAAAACGUCGUCGUGACUACUCGCGUGCGAAUCGUUUCAUUCGAAAACCCGGUGAUAUCGACAUGAUUUUGGGAUGGGAAAAAGAAGCGAAUAAAUUUGAGAACUUUGAACGACUCUUUAUGACAUCAGAAAACGAUCGAGUGAAACCACAAGAAGCACCGCCGAAAAAGAAAUCGCGAAGAAAUGCGCCGACGAAAAUUUGGAUAUCGGAAUUGACGGAUAUCGACAAAAUUUACAAAACCGCCGAGCUGCGCGACAUCAUCGCCUCGGCGCAGGGA